AGCUCUAGUUCAGUCUUUAGUCCGUUACCAAACGUUGUUCUCACCAACUGCCUGUGAUUGUUUGUUUAAAUAAAGUGUUUAAAAAUGGAUAUCUAUCAAGUGCCAGUGUUUAAAUAAUUUAUAAAUAUAUAUAGUUAUUGUAUCAUAUAAUAAUCACAACACAUAUAUAUAUAUAUAUAUAUAUAUAUAUAUAUAAACAAUGGCCAGUGAUAUAUGGAGAUGGAGAAGCUCGGACGCUUCCAGGACGUCAAUUGUUAGUUUUUCGUUAAAAAAAAUUAUUUUAUGGAGGUUUAUUGUCCUCAUGUGCUAUAGUUAUUUUUUUUUACCCGACACUGUCAUGGCUUUUGAUAUUAAUAUUCAUCAUGCGCCGUCAGAAGAGUUCAGUUCUUACAAGUCAGUAAAGCCGCGGAUAUUUCACGGUCGUAGUAAACGUGAAAUUUUUGACACAAGAGAAAAUGAACACAAACACGCAGAUAUAUUAACAGUUGGUUUUGAAGUAGACGGUGUUGAGCGUAUUCUAGACUUAAGACUUAACACAGACCUCAUUCCGGUUGGGUUCAAACAACGAAGACAACACAAUGGUGGAUAUAAAACAGAAGUGCCUGACAAACAUGAAAUUUGUCAUUAUCAAGGAAGUGUUCGUGGUAUCCCAGACUCAUGGGUAGCAGUGUCAACUUGUCAUGGCUUCAAAGGUGUUAUUUUUGACGGGGAAAACAUGCAUCAUAUUCACCCAGAAUAUGAAACAAUAAAUUCAAAUCAUUACUUAUACAAACACACCGAUCUCUUAAAUAAUUACACAUGUGGAUAUAAAGGAAGUCAUGACGCAACAGCACAUUUAAAUUUACGUAGAAAGAGAGCUACUGAAAUAGUACGAGGUCCUUACAAUGCCAAUAGACAGUCCCGUUAUGUGGAACUGGUGCUCGUUAUUGAUAAGAAAGAAUUCACGGCAUUGGGUGAAAAUAUUGAUAAAGUUCAUCAUCAUUGUAAAGAUAUCGCAAAUAUUAUCAAUGCACUUUACACACCACUAAAUAUAUUCGUUGCGUUGGUCGGCGUUGAAGUAUGGACAGAAUCUGAUGAAAUAACGUUAUCAUCAAAAGGUGAUACAACAUUGGCUAAUUUUUUACGUUAUCGCCGUGAAAUGCUGGUCAAAGAAAUACCAAAUGAUAAUGCUCAAUUAUUAACACGAAUUAACUUUGAAGACGGAGUUGUCGGCAAAGCAUUAAAAGGCCCGAUUUGUACAUACGAAUUUUCUGGAGGUGUGUCAAUAGACCAUUCAAAUAUUAUUGGAAUAGUUGCCGCGACAGUUGCACAUGAAAUGGGACAUAAUUUUGGAAUGGAACACGACAAUGCUGACUGCGAUUGUCCAGAAGAUCGAUGUAUAAUGGCAGCAUCAAGUGGGUCAACAAGUCCCAUUCAUUGGUCAUCCUGCUCUUUGGAAUAUCUAGCACUGGCAUUUGAACACGGAAUGGAUUACUGUCUCCGCAAUAAACCUCUAAAAUUAUUCGACAGUCCAAUAUGUGGCAACGGUUUCGUCGAACCUGGCGAGCAAUGCGACUGUGGGUUGAAAGAAAAUUGCGACAAUCCGUGUUGCAAUGCCACGACUUGCAUGCUCUACUCAAAUGCCAGCUGCGCGACGGGCGAAUGCUGCGAUCUCAAAACAUGCAAACCAAAAAAUGCUGGGGUCGAGUGCCGUGACGCUGAGCACGAGUGCGAUUUGGCCGAGUACUGCACCGGGCAGAGUGAGUACUGUCCAAAAGAUGUGUUCAAAAUUGACGGAGAGAGCUGCAAUAUGGGCAAGGCAUUCUGCUAUCAAGGCAGCUGCAGAACUCACAAUGACCAGUGCAAGUUAUUGUGGGGUCCCAGUGGUUCUUCUUCGGACUCCCAGUGCUAUAAUAUGAAUAACAAAGGCACCAAGUUGGGAAACUGUGGGUACAAUCGAUUGAACUCCAGUUACAUCAAAUGUGAUGACCCAAAUAUUUUAUGUGGAAUGUUACACUGCAAGCAUCUCAAUGAAAGAUUAGAAUUCGGUAUGGAGUCAGUGGCUAUUUUAAGUCACUCGUUUAUAAAUAAUGGCGGUAAAAUAAUAGCAUGCAGAUCGGCAAUGGUCGACUUGGGAUUGAAUCAAGUCGAUCCUGGAUUAUCACCAGACGGCGCUAAAUGUGCCCCUGGAAAGAUGUGCGUAAAUCAGAAAUGUAUGCCAAUAGCUGAUUUGAGAACACUAACAAUUGGCCGCGAUAUAUGUCCAAAUAAUUGCGGUGGCAACGGUGUUUGCAAUAGUCUAGGACAUUGUCAUUGUAAUCGUGGGUUCCGGCCUCCAGAUUGCGUUCAACCCGGUUACGGUGGAUCUGAUGACAGUGGCCCUGCUGAAGAUCCUAAUGCGCGAAGUGACUUUGUGACAGUACUCUACAUAGUAUUCCUCGGUAUCGUACCGACAAUAUCAUUUAUAUCAAUCGGAGUGUGGUAUCGUAAAAAUAAUUCAUCACGUCCUGGCUGGAAGAAGGAUAUGUUAUCACCAAAUGACCGUGGGUUCGGAAUCAAGACAAUCGAUCGCCCGCACCACCAGUACCACCCCCACCCACAUCACCACCACCCACUGUCUGGAAUAGAGACAAUAGACUCGACCCUAUCAGCGGAUCCAGCCUGCGCAAGUCUUCUCCCAAAAUCCGGUGACGAGGACGAACGAUUUUCCAAUAAUUUAUUCGGACACUUCAAAGGUUUCACAUUGAAACCAUUAGCUGAUGAUUUAUCAACCGAAUCUUCAACAGUUAUACCUAUAACAUCAUUAAUAACAAUUGGACCAUCAACAAAACCACCUGGACCAUCAACAAAACCACCUGGACCAUCAGCAAAACCACCUGGACCAUCAGUUCCAUCAACAAAUCAACCUGGACCAUCAACAAAACCACCUGGACCAUCAGCAAAACCACCUGGACCAUCAGCAAAACCACCUGGACCAUCAGUUCCAUCAACAAAUCAACCUGGACCAUCAACAUUACCACCUAGCCAACCAGUAUUAUCAUCAUUACCACCUGGAUCAUCAACUCUACCACCUGGUACAUCAAUAACCCAACCUGGACAUCACCCAAAACAUGAACCAACCAAACCAGCACCAGCACCACCAACAGUAACAUUGAAACCAACGAUCCGUCCACUCCGCAGUGCAUUCACGUCCCAACCACUCAGUUCUCAAUCAGCACCAGCACUGCCACCACUAAAUCCUGGUAGCACAGCACGUCCACUUAUCAGCAGCCCAGUCCUCGCAGCAACGACUUGUACUUCAAUGGAUCUACCAGUCCCAUCACGUCCAGCACCAGAAGUACCGAUCCGUCCACCAGAAACUCUCAACAAUUCAUCAACUUCUUUGACAUCAUCAUCAACUGUUCCCGCUUUGUCAUCGAUUCCCGCUUCCUUGACCCCAAAUCCCACUGAAGACAGACCUAAAUCAUCAACAUUAAAUCGCAUUGCGUCAAUAUUACGCCCCCAGGUGCCCAAAUCAUCGCGUCAUCAAAAAGCAAUAAAAGUCGAUAAAGAAAUUUUACGUAACCUAGAAAUUUCAAAUCCAAUUCCGCAGCAGAACAUUCAAAUUACCGGUUCUAGUUUGCCGAUUUCUGUCGACUCCGUUGACUCUCCGGACUCUAGAUCAUCUGAAGUCAAAAUUAUCAGACCUCCAGAGACAAAUUCAAAGCAAGAAGACAAAAAAGUUGUGAUGCGAGCCCAGAGUAUGCGCGAUAGCAAGCAACCGAGACCAGCAAUUCAUUCAUUUGGAUCAAUGCGGUCAUCAGUAUCAAUCUUCAAACGGCCGUCAUCAAUUCCCAACAAUCGUCCAACUUCACCCCCACCUCCAGUGCCAACCCAACAGGAACCUCUGAACCUAGAGCUAAAAAUUCCCGGGCUGCCUGGUUACCAAACGCCGAUAACUCAAAUAAAUUUGACCAAACAGACAGACUACGAUGACUGCAUGAAUCUCAUUGGUCACAACAACAAAUCAUGCGAUAACAUUUACGCGGUCAUUGAAGAAGUUGAUGACAAAACCUACAAAGUGCCCAAGCCAGUUGACAAUGGGUUGGGUUUGCUCGGGGAAAUAGUAUCGGAAAUUUCAAACCGUAAUUUUGAUUCCAUCUAUUCGACGUCAACUUUGAAACGCAAUAAAAAUAAACAUCUUAAUGAUGUCAAUUACGUCAAUUCCGGUGCUAAUGAUAAUGCAAAUCAUUACAAAUCACCAGCGAGCAUUUAUUCGAAUUCCUCGACUACUAUGUCUGCAGUUUUGUCUGAAACUUCAUCUGGGUACUUGUUACCAUCAGCUGUUAAUGUUCCGCGAUUGGGACAGAACAAGGAUGCAGGAAGAGAACGGGAAGAAGCUGAACCUGGUCCUGGUCCUGGUUCUGGUCCUAGUCCUGGUCCUGGUCCUGGUUCUGUUGAUAAGGUAGGAAUUGACAUCAAUGAUAAAUUAAAUAGGUUAGAGUCGAGUAACCCGAAUGUUAAUGACUCGAUGUCAAAAGCACUGGGUCUGAAACCACCCAGUCCUGCAAAACCGACGGUCGGUAAAAAGGACAACAAAGGUGAUGAUAAGAAGGUCAGGAAUCCACCCAAGGACAGGAGUCCCAAGAAAAAAAUUGGGCGCCAGGAUUCCGGUGGAAGUCUUAAAGGAAAGGAGAGUGGGGGUGGGAGUUGUGAGGUCAUAAGUCCGGAUGUUGUUACCAGCUGUAGCUCUGGGAAAAAUACGGAGCCUGAUGUCCUGAGUGGGGGAAGUUUGGCAGGGAAAGGAAAUUUUAGGAGUUUGGCUGGCAGUGGGAGAAAUUUAGGAGGUAAUGGAGAAAAUUCCGGAGUUUUAGGAACUAGUGGAAAGAAAGAAGGAAAUUUAGGAAGUAAUGGAGGAAAUUCAGGAAUUUUAGGAAAUAAUGGAGGAAACUCUGGAGUCAAUUCCGAAAUUAAUAGAAAUUCGGGAGGUAAAGAAGGAAAUAUUGUAAGCAAUGAAAAAAAAUCGGAUGGUACGAAAGGAAAUUCCGGAAGUGGGGGUAAUUUGGACAGUAGUCCAGCGAAAGUAAACUCCGAAGAUAAACUGAAAACUGUUGUACCGACCAAAGGUAAAGUUAUCAUCAGACCCAGUAGUAUCGUCGCCAAAGCCGCGACUUUUGUCGAGCGCAAAAAGUCACCGACUUCCGGUAAGUUGGCCAGCCCUGUAAGUAACUCCGGAGUCAAUAAAAAUAUAAAUACUUCUACUGGUUCGAUAAACUCGGGAAUUUCUAAGGGGUUAGGAAUUUCCGGAGUCAAUAGUAAAGGUUAUGGGGUCAGUGGAAGUAGUGGGGGAAAUGGCGCCAGUGGGAACUCUGGUAGUGGGGGUAAAGAAUCAAAUAAAAUAGAUAAUAAAAAUUUAAUUAAAAAAGCUGCCAAUAGUAAAACUAAUGUUGCGUCUCUGCAACAAAAAUUUGAACCGAAGUUUAUAAAUAUUAAUAGUAGUUGUAAAAAUAAUAAAAAAUUUGGUAAUUCCAGUGGUGGGGGUAAGUAAUUAAGAUAGUAAUUAAUUUAUGUUAAUUUUUUUAUCUAGUCUACUUAAUAUAAAAUGACUGAUUAUUUUUUUCUGUUAUUUUUAAUUCAUUUUUUUUUAGUUUGUAAAUCGAUAUAUAUAAAUAUAUAAAUAUAUAUGCGCUUAAGCAAUGCAGCUUUUAAAUUUCAAGU